GCACGCGCUCACAGGGAAUAAAGAGACGCGAGCAGGAGACGGGACAAACACAGAAGCUAGGAAAGUUGGAGCUACAUUGACAAACCAUAACGAGGUUAACUAGUUGUUAUUUUUAUGCUCGAUUUAGACGAACUAAUUGAGAGAAUCCAAAAGAAGGAGCUCAUAGCCGAGGUCGUAAUUGCAACACUAUGCUCACUUGCCAAAGAGACUCUCGUCCAGGAGAGUAACACGGUCCAGCUUUCGACUCCAAUAACAGUCGUUGGAGACAUUCAUGGACAAUUUGAUGACUUGCUAGAGAUUUUCAAAAUCGGCGGCCCCUGCCCAUACACCAAUUAUCUCUUUUUAGGAGAUUAUGUCGACAGAGGCUUCUACAGUGUUGAAACAAUUCUUCUUUUGAUAUGUUUAAAGCUCCGGUAUCCUCAACGAAUGACCUUGCUUCGAGGAAAUCAUGAGUCGAGAGGAGUCACGCAAACAUAUGGCUUCUAUGCGGAAUGUGUUAGGAAGUACGGAAAUGCAAACGUUUGGCGUCACCUAACGGAGCUUUUUGACUACCUCACGCUUUCAGCAGUGAUAGACGGCCGCCUUUUUUGCGUCCAUGGAGGACUUUCACCAAGUAUUCAACACGUAGAUCAGAUUCUUGUCAUGAACCGGUUCCGCGAAUUUCCACAUGAGGGUCCUAUGGCAGAUUUAAUGUGGUCGGAUCCGGACCCCAGCAUUCAAGAGUUCGCACUAUCUCCUCGAGGAGCCGGCUAUUCGUUCGGCGAACGCAUAGUGGACAAAUUUUUACAUUCAAAUAAGCUUGAUCACAUUUUGAGAGCACAUCAGUUGUGCAGUGAGGGCUAUCAAGUCCUUUUUGACGACAAAUUGUCAACCAUCUGGUCUGCACCAAACUACUGUUAUCGAUGUGCCAACUUGGCUAGCAUCUUGCAGAUUGAAACAGACCAAAGCCGGUUUUUUAAUGUUUUUGAUGCCGCUCCAAACCAACCGACUUUGGGUGAAAUACUCAAAUACCAACAGAGUAUGGCUAGCAGUCAAAGUAUCGCCGAGUAUUUUUUGUAAUUUGACCUGUUCAAAAGACAGGUUCGUAUCUGUUCAUAUCCGUAACCUAUACCCAUUUUCUAUGAGUCUUGCCAUUUCAACGUUCCCAUGAGAAGAGCAUUGUUAGGAAACCGAUGCUGAACCGGAGACAACACUGUCAACCGGUUCUUCGUAUCGUCAACAUCCGACACAAACACAUAACCCAAAAUGCAUGAAUCUAAAAUAAGGUGCUCAUCUUCGUCUGCACUCACACUGGACACGGCAAGAAUGGAGUUUUGUAAAAUGGUCAUUGAGUCUGUGUGAAUACGUUCCAAAUGAUUGUCUUGCAUGAAAUGGCCGCCAAGACCAUCGCCAGAGUCUCCGUUUUCAACGGCAGCAGCGCUUGUACCGUCUUCUUCACCGUCACCACCCAUUCCCAAGGGCAAUACACUCGAACGCAUUAGGUGGGCAGAUGCUUCCAAAACACGGUACACAACCACCUCCUGUGCAUCCAAAACAAUAGACAGUGGUGAUAAGGGCAUGCGAUAGUCACCAUAAAAGUAUUGCUUUACACAAGCUGCUUGCCAAUGCUGGAUCCACUCUGAACUGCGGUCAACACAGCCGCCACUUUUGGGUAUUUUGAGCACCUUUAACCAGUGCGCAUCGUUGUACUUGCGUUUUAUAGCGCUGUAAAGACGCUCAGAUCCAAGAACAAGACAAACGUUGACACGGAAGUCUGUCAGAAUGGAAUGUAGAAUGUUGUAGCCCUUUUCAGAGUCCACCAUGCCGGGUGUGUCGAUGAGGAGGCCAGAGCGACGAGCAUCAUCGUUUUGUGACAUACGGGAAGCAACUGUGAUGGCAAGCCGUGACACGCAAUUUUUGUAGAGCUUUGGAUUAUCCAAUGCUUCGUCAAGACCGUAGCUGUAAACGAGGGGUGACUUUGCCUGAAUCUGUGUUGGUCCUGUUGCCAUACUCGAACCAAAACCGUCAGCAUCCUGGAUAUCCAGCAUGGUCGCUAAAUGGAAGGCAGAGAAUGAGCCAGGCAGGGCAAGCAUAGAUUGGGUUGGACUGAGAUUGACACAGAUGGGAUGGUAAAAUUGUUUGAGUGCAUAGGCCUCAAGCGUUUUAAGCAGAGAGGUUUUCCCGGCAUCUUUAGGACCAACGAUGCAAACCCGCGGACCUAAAGAAGCCUCCGAAUCUGGUGUAGCAGAAGAAAACUCGGCUUGUUUCCGUAACCCGUUCAAAGCGAAAUGCAAGUUAAGGUAAGUAAGCAUAGGUGUCUCUUCGGCAAUAUACUCGACCAAUGGUUCUCCAUCAAGCUGUAGAACACAUCCAUGCCACGUAAAAAUAGCGGCUUUUUGGUAACGAAAUUUGUAAGGAGGACCAACUGCCAGCUCAGUGCCGAAACAUUCAGCAGUGCCGGAAAGCAGCUAAAUUACAAAACUAGUCAGUAAAAUGCUUCAGCAAAACAACAACCCCAGGAUGGGUAUUUACCUUUAUUUCAAUUUCCGGUUCAUCGACUUCAAACCGCCAUUCACACUCCUUGGCUAUGGUAAUUUCCCUCAUUCGCGGAACGCGUUUGUGUACGUGUGCUCGGUGGGCAAUUAAUUGCUGUCCAUGCUGAUGUUGCAGUUUAUGGUGGUGGAAAAAUGGUGGUGACAAAUAACGUUUUUAAAGUUUCGGUAACCCAUGAAAGGGUCCUAAUGAGUGUCGCAAAAUUAAAUCUACGCCAUUCAAACGUCAUACAAAUGUUCGCUACCCCGUGGUAUACUACCGGCACUCAAAACAGAG